CCAAGGCUCCAGGACUGAGCCGAUGGCUUUCAGGUCUGUUCUCGGAGCUGAGGAUGGCUGUGCCCUGGGGCCACAUCGCCGCCAAAGCCUGGGGCUCCCAGAAGGGCUCCCCCAUCCUCUGCCUGCACGGCUGGCUGGACAAUGCCAACUCCUUCGACAGACUCAUCCCUCUCCUCCCAAGAGACUUUUACUACGUGGCCAUGGAUUUUGGGGGCCACGGGCUCUCGUCCCACUACAGCCCCGGCCUUCCCUAUUACUAUCAGAACUUCGUGGGUGAGAUCCGGAGAGUCUCGGCUGGUGGCACUGUGGGUGGAAUGUUUUCCUGUAUGUUCCCCGAGAUGGUGGAGAAGCUUAUCUUGCUGGACUCAUCCCCUUUUGUGCUGGACUCUAAUGAACUGGAGAACCUGCUGACCUACAAGCGGAAGGUGAUCGAGCACACGCUGCUGGUGGAGCAGGCCGCCCAGGAGCCCUCGCGCGCGCUCAGCCCGGAGGAGAUGCUGCAGAGGUUCCUGAAGAAUAACAGCCACGUCGGUGAGGAGUGCGGGGAGCUGCUGCUGCAGCGGGGAGCCACCCCGGUGCCCGCAGGUAAGGCGCUCACCGCCCGGCCCGCUGGUCAGCACGCUUCUUGUUGCUCAAGAGAAGCCAGCGGCCUGCUCUCUUGCAUCGCUUUCCAGGAAUUGCAGAAGCCAGAGGUCAAAGGGCUGCAGCAGGACCCGCAGGGCCCAGGGCCCCUUCGCUUGCAGAUGCCCACACUAGGCUGCCACCUGUACUCUGCCCAGCUGGCUAAAAAGAAAACAGAUCCUCGGGUGAGGAUGAGAAAUGACUCACUGUGGCUCUUGCCUCUGCAGCCAGAGCACGCCUUCGAUUUCAUCAGCAAGGAGCUGUGCGCACACGCCAUCAAGAAGCUGCAGGCCCACGUGCUGCUCAUCAAAGCAACUGACGGAUUUUUUGACGUGAGGAGAGAAUAUGAUGCUGACAAGGGGCUCAUACUGUUCAUGACUGACCAGCUGAAAUCGGCCCUAGGAGAGCGGUUCCAGUUUGUGGAAAUUCCAGGCAACCAUUACGUCCACAUGAACCAACCUGAUCACGUGGCCAGUAUCAUUGGCUCCUUCUUACAGGACAGGAACAGGAUCCCAGCCCAGCGGUAGCCCUGGGCCUGGGGCCACUGAGACCUGUGCUCACCACACACCACGGACGCCCAGCUCCAGGGGCCCCAGCCAGGCCAGGCCUCACUGGUCUUGAGCAGCAUGAGCUGGCAGAGCAGAGGUGUGGGGUGUGGUUUCUCUCUCCCCUGAGUUCACAGGGGAGAUUGUGUCUGGAUUCGGGGUCUGUGUUGUGGCUGGAAACCAGAGGGAGCCGGGAGUGCAGGAAGACUGGAUAGGCCGCCCGGCUUGCAGCCAGCAGCUCUUGCGCCUUUCCUGUGCCCGCCUGGAUGAAUAAAUUGUUCUUUUCUCUCUCA